ACAGUCGGGCUUCCGCUUCGGAUCCAGGUAAGACCACAGCUCUGACAUCUCUUAGCGCAGGACCGCCCGUGGGGCCGCGGAGGCGCUUUGAGGCGUCGCCGUGCGGGGGGGACCCGCGGAGGCCGGGCCUCGCGGCAGCGGCGCCGUUUGAAAGCCGAUCCGCUCGGGUUCAGGCAUCACGGAGGGGACUGGCUGUAGUCGAUCGUACGCUGUUACAGCGGCUUGUGGCUGUAACCUGACGGCACCUGAGCAGGAAGUCACCAGUGUGUGACCUAAUAAGGAGGUUAAUAUGUAACAUCUCCCACAUCCACAUCUGUUUGUGCUCUUUACCUGCUGCCCGGGGUCUACAGGCAGCUCAGGCUCUGGCUGUUUAGUACUGUAGUAACGUGGCACAGCAUGUGAUCAGCUCCACGCUCUGUGGAGCCCUUAGAGGGAGGUGUUCGGACUCAGGGUCGGUUUAGACGGAGCCAAACGAGACUCACCUCACCCAUUUAGAGGUUUUAGCCUCUGAGUGUAGAUGUUAGAACAAUCUGUGCUCCUGAAUGCAGCACAGCUGAGCUCCACCUAUUUGAGAAGCACAGAUUCCACAGAUGCCAGGGCAUGAGUCUCUGCAGUUAAAGCGUAACUUCGCCUCUCAACUUCUCUGCUGCAUGUUUGUAUUAGUUAUGCCUGAUAAUAAACUAUACAAAAUCAGUUAUAGUAAAAAAACAUACUAUAAAAAAACUAUACAUUAUAUUAGUACAUCAUCACUGAACUUAAUGUGAAAGAGAAGCUGUAAAACCAGUUGGGAUGUGUAUAAAAGACUCUGAACCAUUUUCAGCUUUCAUUUACAUUUAAAAAAGAAAGUCAACUGCUCACACACAAACAGGGUUGAUGUUAACACAAUGUUAAUAUCAACCACACAUGGGUUGAUAUUAACACAAUGUUGGUAUCAACCAGUGUGUUGAUGACAAACACUAGUGGGCGGAGCUUCGUUCACCUGGCAGGUAUCUGAUCAAUCUAAAAAUUAUUCACGAGGUUUAAACGGCAGAUGAGAUUUUAAACAACAGCGUCUCCCUUUGACUGAACGAUGAGCGUUUCAUCUGCAGCCCCUCGUCUGACUGGAUGAUCUCCUGAUGGACCCUCCGUCGUAUGAAGAGGCCAGGAACCAGGUUCCUGGUUCCUCCCAACCUCCACCUCCAUCCUAUAACCCCUCCCCCCCCACACCUCCGCCCAGCUACAGAGAAGCAGUCCACUCCCCCCCAGAUCCAUUUCCUGUCCUGACGCCACCUGUGGUUCCAGCAGCUGCGACCCCUCAACCCCAAAACAUUAGACCCGUCAUCCACCCAGUUACACAAAUCGGCCCAGCACGGCCAGUAAACAGCAGACGAACCCCCGCGGUGGCGCAGGUGGUUGUGACCCAGCCUCAGGCGGUUCCGGUCCAAAUCCAACGUCUCACAAACAUCCCAGCUUUAGUACAAUGUCCGUUCUGCCGCCAGACGGUCGUCACCAAAGUGACAUGUGCUCCUGGUCCGUCUGCCUGGUUCCUGUGUGUGAUUAUCGCACUGACGGGGCUGAUCUGCGGCUUCUGCUUGAUCCCGUUCAUGGUUCCUUCGCUACAAGAGUCGCGUCACUCCUGCCCACAGUGCAAAGCUCAUCUGUUCACGUACAGAAGAUGACGAAAGGCGUGUUGUCGCUGCACAACUCGCCUCAGACGGGUUUUUUUAACCAGUUUACAUUUAGCAGGGCUGUGUUUUUACUCUGAAGGAAAAUAUCUACACGUUACACUCAAAGAUUUUCUGCACAUUCUGUAAAAAGCUGCAUGAUGUCAAGAUGCACAAGUGCAACAAAGGAUGAAUAUGAUGCAUUCUGUGAUAUAGUUCUUUUUGUUUUUCAUGAAUUACAAUGAAUAUAUUUAAGCUUAUGCAAGUUUAUGUUUAUGAUGCAACAUUUGUGUCCCUCAUGCAACAAAUAUACAUUUAACUCUGUUUUAAUGAUUAUUCAGUGUAUUUAUCGCUCUAAACAGACAGAGUUGCUCUUUUGUUCUUUUUUAAAUGAAUGGAAGCUUUUAUUUUUUAAGUUGUGUUGUACUGUUAACACCUCAUUUGGCUGCCUGUCACUGACUCUUGUCCAGUGACAAUAGAUGAUUAUGAUGUAUAGAAUUAUUAAAUAUCAUUACUUUGUGUUGA